CAAUGUAUACCGUGCCACUUAUAAACAGGUGCUGCGUUAACGGUAGCCCUACAAAGGGCAUACUAUAACUAAGUUGCGCUAACCUUAUUGUAGUUACUCUUGUGUAACUAUUUGACCCACUUCUGGGAUACACGUAAUGACGGUCAUUGCCCUGUCGCCGUGCAUUCGAUUGUGCAUCUACAUCACCUUUUCGCGACACAUCUCCUAUACUCAGCUUACAAUCUAUUAACUACAUAAUAAGACCACCUUUCUCUUCGUGCAUUCGUCGGAAGUCUCUGUGAGAGUUCCUACAAGUUUUACUAUCCCACCCCUAAAAUACUAGCUGCUUCUGCGGCUCUGACCUGCAAAUCAGGGCCGCCGGAUUUACCUUUAAUCAUCCACCUAUCACCAAGAGCUGCGAUAGCUCCUGGCCAAGUUCCCUAUCAAAAUGACUGCAUGGAAUAUAUUUCGAAUACUGGGAGACUGCUCCCAUCUGCUCUCGAAAUGUAUCCUGAUCUUCGCCAUCCAUCGAAACCGGAGCGCUGAAGGUGUCUCUAUGAUCACUCAAGCCUUCUAUGCUGUCGUCUUCUGCACGAGAUACACAGAUUUCUUCCGCGAGACGUCUAACUGGAACUACUUCUUCAAGCUCUUCUACAUCCUGUCCUCCUUCUAUAUCCUCAUUAUCAUGCGAUGGCUGUUCCCUCGGACCAGGGAGCGCGAGAUAUCCUGGAAGUUGGGCGCUGUGGUUCUAAUGGGAUCGCUGUUCAUAUCGCCCUUCGUCAUGCUGAUCUUUGAGAAGCGCUGGGGCUUCUUCACGUGGAUGUACGACUUCUCUCUCAUCCUCGAGUCCAUCUGUGUCCUCCCCCAACUACUCCUUCUGCGCCAGACCAACGUCCCGACCGUCAUUGACUCCUUCUACCUAUUAACAUUGGGCUCAUACCGUGGCCUAUACAUCCUCAACUGGAUCUGGCGAGAACUCGACGUCAACGACCGCAAGCCGAACGCCGUGUCCGUCAUCUUCGGUAUUAUCCAGACGGCCUUAUACGUCGAUUUCUUCUGGGUAUACUACACGCGCCAGCGCGUCAAGCUCCGGGCUGGCGGUAUCGUCGACUCGGACGACAUCCGUCGCGGCUGGCUCCUCGGCCGCAUCUUUGGCAACAAGCGCUUCCAGGCUGCCGAGACGGACGACGAGGAGAGCGCCCCUGCCCUUGGCCGCAAUGGCAACGGCCAGCAGCGCAGGUCCAAGUGGGGUUCUAGGGGUAUCUCGAUCAGCGCUGAUGAGGGCAUCCGCGAGCACGAGCAAGAGGAAGAGCAACAGAACCAUAGCGAUGACGACUUCAACGACGCAGCUGUGGACCCAGAUGCGAGGAUGAAGGAUCCCGACGAGCUUGCUAGAGUUCUUGAUGACGAUGACGAUGACGAUGACGAGGGAUUGCCAGAGCCGGCAUCAUCGCACUCGGAGCCGAGUAAGAAUACAAAUGGUGUUAGCAAUGGAAGUGAAUGGCGGGAGCACUAAGCCGAAGAGUCUUCAGAGGCACUUAUACCUUGAAUGACUACGGGGAAGAUGAGAGGGAAUACGGCCAAAUCGAGCAGACAAGUUCGAUAUCCGCGUUUUAAGAGAGGCUCAAUAGGGGAUGUGUUGCCUAAUUGUACUUUUUACAUAAUGGGGUCACGGACGAGGCGUACGCGCAAAGGGAGUUAGGCUUUUAUUCACGUUAGGAAAUGAUUUGAAAGGGUAUUUGUCCGAAGAUGCUGGUUCACAACCCUUUGAUUUCCUCAGUUUGUGCAAUUCCAGACCCUAUUGGAAAGGCAAGGGACGAGUUGUGUGCGGUUUAGUCAUCUCAGCCAGGUCAGGUCAGGCUAGGCCAGUUAGAUAUACAUGCAACCAUUAUAUAUCCCAUGGCGAGCAGAAGUAGGGUAUCGACUACUUUGAUGAAGUUGUUCUAAGGAGUAAUUACGUGAUUGGAUGGUGUGUCUGUAUUGCUUUUUUCUAGCUUGGUUCUGACUGAAUUCCCGAUAUCAGGACAGACAGACCUAAGGGCAGUUGGUUUUACAAGAGGAUUAGAAGCACGAGUCAGGACAUCUAGCAUAGCACC